GCGUGGUGGUGAGAAGGAGGAAGGAAAGCUCAAACAGGUCAUAACUUUUAAUUAUCAUCACCCUGACGUGCCUGUAGGAUUACUUUGCAAAUCUUAAGAAAGAACCAUCUGACAGACUCUAGAGAAAAAAACGUCUUUUUUAAGUACCAGAUGAUAUCAUUGCUGAUUAUGAGGGCCAGAGCUUAUCUCAGCGUUUGCUUUCGAAAGAAUGUCUCCAUCUUCCUGUUCCUGGCUCUGUGUAUCUUUUUCUUUCUACUAUAUCGUAUAGAAAUCAUGGAGGUGGUAACCAGCAUCAAGGUGCAACAUUCCCCCAACAUAGGAUGGACUGUCAGCCAGUGUCAGAAUAAAGUUAGCACCAGCAUCACUUCAACUACUGAACCUCACAAGAACAAUGCCACCUGCACUUUCCAGCCGCUGUCCACAGAGGAGGCUGUUGAGAUAGACUCCCUAUUAGACUCCAUUGCUUGGCCUGAAACUCUACCAUUACUGUCUUGGUUUUCCCUGAAUGAGACAAGUGAUCCAGCCCACAGCUCUGUCACUAUUCUUCCACGGAGAGGAGGUGGUCAGUGGCACAUAGGGGAUGAGCUGGAGGUUUUCAUCAAGAUUUGUGACUUUUAUGGCCGUCCCAAGACAAAUGGGGGGGAUGUCUUACUUGCCCGGCUGCACAGUCCUAGUCUUCUUGCAGGUGUGGCUGGGCAAGUGGUGGAUCAUAACAAUGGCUCCUACUCUGCUGUUUUCUUUUUACCUUGGGAAGGAAGCGCUCUUGUUGAGGUGACCCUGGUUCACUCCAGCGAAGCAGUGACAGUGCUGCAGAGUCUUACCCAAGAACAACCUGACAGGAUUUAUUUCCAAAGCCUUUUCCGCUCAGGCUCAGUCACUGAAACUACCACUUGUAAUGUGUGCCUUAAUGGGACCCAGCAGCAGCUGUGCAACUACACAGACCUUCACACAGGAGAUCCCUGGUUCUGCUACAAGCCAAAGAAGUUAGCGUGUGAUGCUAGGGUCACCCACACCUACGCAGGAUUCAGAAAGAAACUCAGUCCCAAAGAGGAGAAACUCUUUCAAAGUGAUGUCAACAUGAAAGUUGUGAUUCCAGCAUCAGGACCUGCAAACAUCACUGUGUUGCCGACAUUGAAAGAUAAACCAAAGAUGAAAAGCAGCCUAGUGACGAAUAGACCCUCUGGUUUUUACUACAUGGGUCUGUGGCAAGCAUUAGAUGGCACCAUAAUUCGAGAGUUCAACACCUCCACAGCAGUCAGUCAGUGUCUAAAGGGCAAGACUGUCCACCUGUACGGAGACUCCACAAUCAGGCAGUGGUUUGAAUACCUCAACAACGCCUUACCAGAUCUCAAGGAAUUUGACCUGCACAGCUCGAAAAAAAAUGGACCUUUUAUGGCCCUGGAUUAUGCAAACAACAUUUUAGUGACGUACCGCUGCCAUGGACCACCCAUCCGUUUUUCCACAGUGCCAGUCAGCCAGCUCCAUUAUGUUGCAAAUGAACUAGACAGUGUAGAUGGAGGCACCAACACUGUUGUAGUCAUUGGUAUCUGGUCACACUUCAGCUCUUAUCCUAUUGAGGUCUACAUCCGGCGUCUGCAAAGCAUCCGUAAGGUGGUGGUAAGGCUACUGUCCAGGGCUCCAGGUACACGAGUCAUCAUCCGGACUGCAAACCCUAAAGCUCUGACAGUCUACGAGACGCUGACCAACAGUGAUUGGUACUCAAUGCAGCGCGACAAGGUGCUCAGGGCCAUGUUCAAAGGAGUUGAAGUUCACCUGGUGGAUGCCUGGGAGAUGAGCUUGGCACACCAACUGCCGCACAGCCUGCAUCCACAAGCUCCCAUUAUCAAGAAUAUGAUUAAUGUCCUCUUGUCGCACAUCUGUGUUGGCAUAACCAUUGUAAGGGAUCCGAAAUAAUUAACCAAG